GGCCUCUUAUCACUCAUGCUUCGGGGAUGCGGCGCGAGCCUGGCGCAGUCAGUCCGUUUCCAACGACCCCCUGGGCGGCUUGAGACCCGCGGAGCGAGGGUCCCUGUGCCUUGGCUCCCGGCCGUCCGUUUGUAACGUCUUUUCUCGCCUCGGCGCCGCGCACCCCCGCCCCGCAGGGAUUCGCUGCUUUUGUAUGUCUUUUGUAUGUGGCGGUUCCGAGCUUUGUCUCUGAACCCAGCGUUCCGAGUCGGGGCUUGUCACCUCCACCCUUGAAUUUGUUUUUCUUUUCAUUCUUUCUUUUUUUUAUUAUUAUUAUUAACUGCCAUUAUCACUGCCUCCGUGUGCGGUGUUCCUAUUUCACUUGACCUACUUAACGUAAAGGAGAGCUGAGGAGUGUGAGGUUUGAUUCUGGUUUGGUAUUUUAUGCAUGGGGUUUGUAAGGAAGGUGAAAACUGUCGCUACUCACAUGACCUCUCUGACAGUCCGUAUGGUGUAGUGUGCAAGUAUUUUCAAAGAGGGCACUGUAUUUAUGGAGACCGCUGCAGGUAUGAACACAGUAAGCCAUUGAAGCAAGAAGAAGUGACUGCUGCAGAUCUGAGUGCAAAACCAUCCCUUGCAGCUUCCUCCAGUGUCUCAUCUGGAGCUGGUUCACUUGCUGAAAUGAAUCCAGAAGAAGCUGAGUCAAGAAACCCAAAGCUCCCAACUAUCGGAGCAGGGUCAGAGGACUGGGUGAAUGCCAUUGAAUUUGUUCCUGGGCAGCCCUACUGUGGCCGUACUGCCCCUUCCUGCACUGAAGUACCCCUGCAGGGCUCUGUGGCCAAGGAAGAGUCGGAGAAGGAGCAAACCACGGUGGAGACAAAGAAACAGCUUUGCCCCUAUGCUGCAGUGGGAGAGUGUCGCUAUGGGGAAAACUGUGUGUAUCUCCAUGGAGACUCCUGUGACAUGUGUGGGCUGCAGGUCCUACACCCAAUGGAUGCGGCCCAGAGGUCACAGCACAUAAAAUCUUGUAUUGAGGCCCAUGAGAAGGACAUGGAGCUCUCUUUUGCCGUGCAGCGCAGUAAGGACAUGGUGUGCGGGAUCUGCAUGGAAGUGGUCUAUGAGAAAGCCAACCCCAGUGAGCGCCGUUUCGGGAUUCUCUCCAACUGCAACCACACCUACUGUCUCAAGUGUAUUCGCAAGUGGAGGAGUGCUAAGCAAUUUGAGAGCAAGAUCAUAAAGUCCUGCCCCGAAUGCCGGAUCACAUCUAACUUUGUCAUUCCAAGUGAGUACUGGGUGGAGGAGAAAGAAGAGAAGCAGAAACUCAUUCAGAAAUACAAGGAGGCAAUGAGCAACAAGGCGUGCAGGUAUUUUGAUGAAGGACGUGGGAGCUGCCCAUUUGGAGGGAACUGUUUUUACAAGCAUGCGUACCCUGAUGGCCGUAGAGAGGAGCCACAGAGACAGAAAGUGGGAACAUCAAGCAGAUACCGGGCCCAACGAAGGAACCACUUCUGGGAGCUCAUUGAGGAAAGAGAGAGCAGCAACCCCUUUGACCACGACGAAGAGGAGGUUGUCACCUUUGAGCUGGGCGAGAUGUUGCUUAUGCUUUUGGCUGCAGGUGGGGACGACGAGCUGACAGACUCUGAGGACGAGUGGGACUUGUUUCACGAUGAGCUGGAAGACUUUUAUGACUUGGACCUAUAGCAGCUUUGUGUGGCGUGUGAACUGGUCUGCGGAGCCUCAGACAGUAGCUGUCCCCUGUGCCGUGUGGCAGUGCGUGUGGCUCUUCUAGGCAGGCCUCUCAACUCCAGGUGCUGUCGUGAUCACUUACCCAGGGCCUGCUCCUCCACCCCCUCACCUUUCCCCAAGAGUGUGUUUUCUCUGUUUCAAAAAGUUACAAAAAUAAAUCUUAAAGUUAGUUUUUUUGUAACAUGAAUUUAACUGUCAGACAGUGUAGGAUUGUUGCGUCAUCUGUUUUCAGCCAGGUUGUGUUUUGUGGACUUUGCACACUCGUUUUGAGGACCCCAGGUUCAAAGGUAAAAAAGCACUGCUUAUGCUUUGGGGUCCAUAGAUAGGGGCAAUGGGAAAAGUGACCUAAGUAGGCAAGUCCACCCUCUGCACUAGAUGUAGAUGGUGGCCCCUCGAGGUCGGGGAGAUCUGCAGCUCUGGUUUUAGAUCUUCUCCCUAUCCUGUAAUCCCCACCACAUGUACUUGUC